AUGGUUCCAAAUCCUCCAAUUCGGAAGGUUGUAACUUGGGAAGUUGCUGUCUUGGAAUUGGUACUUGGUCAAUUUAUUUGGGUAACGGAUUCGCUAUCAACAGCUAGUGGUAAUCGGAAGAAUCGUGCGAAAGAGAAGGGUGCUAGAAAAAGGGUUGGACGCAAAAUUGAUGGUAUAAUUUACAACAUUGGAAAAAAUCUUGAAUUAGGUGUAUUUGAAUCUGCCAGUAUUUUCAAGGAUGAACAUGAUAAUAAAUAUCUUAAAGAAAGUUUUAAAUUGCCAAAAUCAAUGAGAGAUAUUUAUUGUG